AUGACUCAAAAUGAUUGGGACCUGGAAUGGAUCUCGACCAAUUCAUCGUUACCCAAGGUCGUAAUUUACAGCGCCGGUGGAACCAUCCUGUCAGCCUCAAAUUACAGUCGUCUUGAUAACAUCGCCUACGGCUCGGGCAAUCCUCCCACCCCGGAGGAUCUAAUUGGCAAUAUCACCGAGGUCCUCGACGUCGCCCAGCUUGCGAUUGUGAGGUUCCCAGCAUCAGGCGGAAGCGCGGGCCUUAAUUCUUCGCUGUACUUGAACAUCAGCCAGUAUGCCAACAAACAGCUCUGUUCCAAGGGCAGCGAGAUCGCUGGUGCCAUCAUGUUCCACGGGACGAACACAUUAGAGGAGACAGCUUUUGGGGUCGACUUGACUUUCAACUGCUCCAAGCCGUUUGUGGCGACCGGCGCUAUGCGUCCUGAUACAUACAUCUCUCCUGAUGGACGUUCCAACUUUUACCAGGCUGUCGCCGCCGCCGCCUCACCUGCUUCGCGAAACCGCGGUGGACUUGUUGCUUUCAAUGACAGAAUCACGUCAAUCUACUACUCAACCAAGGUCAACGCCAACACUCCCGACACCUUCCACGCUCUAGAGCAAGGAAACCUCGGUGCCUUCCUCGCCGGACAGCCAUACUACUUCUUCGACGCGGCAUACCCCACCGGCCGUCCCUAUUUUGACGUCAGCAACACAACCGAGCUGCCUGCUGUCAUUAUUGUCUACGGCCACCAGGGCUUCGAUGCCUCGUUGAUGUACGCCGCUGUCCAAAACGGGGCAAAGGGUUUGGUGAUCCUGGGGCCCGGAGCGGCUUCCGUCAGUCCUAGCGCCAGAGCUGCGGCUGCCAAUCUCUUUGAGCAAGGGAUCCCCACCGUUGCCGUCGCCCGCCCGGUUACCGGCUCCGGCGUGCCCAGUCCUAUUCCCGGGGCUCUUAUUUACUCAAGUUAUGUCGGCGCUGACCAGGCUCGCAUUAUGCUUCAACUUGCCAUCAACGCUGGCUACAGCCUCGAUCAGAUUCGCGACCUUUUUGAAAGUCCGCUCAGGAACGCGGUCUAUGGGUCACCAGCCAGUCAGAAAUACUACUAUUCAUCCUAA